CCACCACCACCAUCACCACCGCCACCACCGGCUCCCUUCCUCCCCCACCCCUUCCCCCCCUCCCUCCUUGCUUAGAGCUGCGGCUGGAGUCAAGCGCACAGCGUCGCCUGCCGCUGCUGGUGCGGAGCUUGGGGAGCAUUCAGCCACAGCCCUCGCCUGCCGCGGAGGGUCCUGCUCCGCACUGCUGGUCAGGCUGCUCCGUGCCCAGGCCUUUCCGUCCUUGGAGCGGAUCGUUGGCCGCCGGGCACCCUCCAGCAGCGACAGCGACAGCCAGAGCAGAGGCCGCAGUGGCGGCUGUGCCCAUGCCGGGGUGUUCACACUUAGCCUCUUUCCCACCACCACCUUGCCUCACCUCAGCACUGGGAUCGUAGGUGGCCACCUGUCCCUAGCUGCAACUGAGUCAAAGCUGCACCUGUGAGAAGGCCUGACAGACAAGAUGGGUGACAUGGCGAACAGUUCCAUCGAGUUCCACCCCAAGCCCCAGCAACAGCGGGAAGUGCCCCAUGUGGGUGGCUUUGGGUGCACACUAGCAGAGCUACGCAGCCUCAUGGAGCUCCGAGGUGCCGAGGCACUGCAGAAGAUUCAGGAAGCCUAUGGAGACGUCAGUGGGCUGUGCAGGAGGCUGAAGACCUCUCCUACUGAGGGCCUGGCAGACAACACCAAUGACUUGGAGAAACGCAGGCAGAUCUAUGGGCAGAACUUCAUCCCCCCCAAGCAGCCCAAGACCUUCCUGCAGCUGGUGUGGGAAGCCCUGCAGGACGUGACUCUCAUCAUCCUUGAGGUGGCUGCCAUUGUCUCCCUGGGCCUCUCCUUCUAUGCACCACCUGGAGAGGAAAGUGAAGCCUGCGGGAAUGUGUCUGGUGGGGCAGAGGAUGAGGGAGAGGCCGAAGCUGGCUGGAUCGAGGGGGCUGCCAUCCUACUCUCUGUCAUCUGUGUCGUGCUGGUCACAGCCUUCAAUGACUGGAGCAAGGAAAAGCAGUUCCGAGGUCUUCAGAGCCGUAUUGAACAGGAGCAGAAGUUUACUGUCAUCCGAAAUGGGCAGCUCCUCCAGGUCCCAGUGGCAGCACUGGUGGUGGGGGACAUUGCCCAGGUCAAAUACGGAGACCUUCUGCCUGCUGAUGGUGUGCUCAUCCAAGGCAAUGACCUCAAGAUUGACGAAAGCUCCCUGACUGGCGAGUCGGACCAUGUGCGCAAAUCAGCAGACAAAGAUCCUAUGUUGCUCUCAGGCACUCAUGUCAUGGAAGGUUCUGGAAGAAUGGUGGUAACAGCUGUUGGUGUGAACUCCCAGACAGGCAUCAUCUUUACAUUGCUUGGAGCUGGUGGAGAGGAGGAGGAGAAGAAAGACAAAAAAGGCAAGCAGCAGGAUGGGGCGAUGGACAGUAACCAAACCAGAGCUAAGAAGCAAGAUGGGGCUGUUGCUAUGGAAAUGCAACCCCUGAAGAGUGCUGAGGGUGGGGAAAUGGAGGAGCGAGAAAAGAAGAAAGCCAACAUACCCAAGAAGGAGAAGUCAGUUCUGCAAGGGAAGCUCACAAAACUGGCUGUGCAGAUUGGGAAAGCAGGAUUAGUGAUGUCUGCCAUCACUGUUAUCAUCCUGGUCCUCUACUUUGUGAUUGAGACCUUCGUCGUGGAUGGCCGGGUGUGGCUGGCAGAAUGCACACCUGUCUAUGUGCAGUACUUUGUGAAGUUCUUCAUUAUCGGAGUCACUGUGUUGGUUGUAGCUGUCCCUGAGGGCCUGCCUCUUGCUGUCACUAUCUCCUUGGCUUACUCUGUCAAGAAAAUGAUGAAGGACAACAACCUAGUACGCCACCUGGAUGCCUGUGAGACCAUGGGCAAUGCUACGGCCAUCUGUUCUGACAAGACCGGCACACUCACCACCAACCGCAUGACCGUGGUCCAGUCCUACCUAGGAGACACCCACUACAAAGAAAUUCCAGCUCCCAGUGCCCUGACCCCCAAGAACCUUGACCUUCUGGUCCAUGCCAUCUCCAUCAACAGUGCCUACACCACCAAAAUACUACCUCCAGAGAAGGAAGGCGCUCUCCCACGCCAAGUGGGCAACAAAACGGAGUGUGCUCUGUUGGGCUUUAUCCUGGACCUGAAACAAGACUUCCAAUCUGUACGGGAGCAGAUUCCAGAAGAUAAACUUUACAAAGUGUACACCUUCAACUCUGUCCGCAAGUCCAUGAGCACAGUUAUCCGCAUGCCUGAUGGUGGCUUCCGCCUCUUCAGCAAGGGAGCCUCAGAGAUCCUGCUCAAAAAGUGUACCAACAUCUUAAACAGCAACGGUGAACUCCGAGGAUUCCGUCCUCGGGACCGGGAUGACAUGGUGAAGAAGAUCAUUGAGCCUAUGGCUUGUGAUGGCCUCCGUACUAUCUGCAUUGCGUACAGGGACUUCUCUGCGAUCCAGGAGCCCAACUGGGAAAACGAGAAUGAGGUGGUGGGUGACCUUACCUGCAUAGCUGUCGUGGGCAUCGAGGAUCCUGUGCGACCUGAGGUCCCUGAAGCCAUUCGCAAAUGCCAGCGUGCUGGCAUAACAGUCCGUAUGGUGACUGGAGACAACAUCAACACUGCCCGGGCAAUUGCAGCUAAGUGUGGCAUCAUUCAGCCAGGUGAAGAUUUCCUGUGCUUGGAGGGGAAGGAAUUCAACAGAAGGAUUCGAAACGAGAAAGGCGAGAUAGAACAGGAGCGGCUGGACAAGGUGUGGCCCAAGCUGCGGGUGCUCGCCCGGUCAUCUCCCACUGACAAACACACUCUGGUCAAAGGCAUUAUCGACAGCACAACUGGUGAGCAGCGGCAGGUGGUGGCUGUAACUGGGGAUGGCACCAACGAUGGGCCAGCUCUCAAAAAGGCAGAUGUUGGCUUUGCCAUGGGUAUUGCAGGCACUGACGUGGCCAAGGAGGCCUCUGACAUCAUCCUGACUGAUGACAACUUCACCAGCAUUGUCAAGGCAGUCAUGUGGGGCCGCAACGUCUACGACAGUAUUUCCAAAUUCCUGCAGUUUCAGUUGACAGUCAAUGUGGUAGCUGUGAUUGUAGCCUUCACGGGUGCCUGCAUCACUCAGGACUCUCCUCUCAAAGCUGUGCAGAUGCUGUGGGUGAACUUGAUCAUGGACACAUUUGCCUCACUUGCCCUGGCGACAGAGCCCCCAAAUGAGUCACUGCUGCUGCGGAAGCCGUAUGGCCGGGACAAGCCCCUCAUCUCACGUACCAUGAUGAAGAACAUCCUUGGCCAUGCUGUCUACCAGCUCACUAUCAUCUUUACCUUGCUCUUUGUUGGAGAGCUCUUCUUUGAUAUUGACAGUGGAAGGAACGCACCCCUGCACUCGCCACCCUCAGAGCACUAUACCAUCAUUUUCAACACCUUCGUCAUGAUGCAGCUUUUCAAUGAAAUCAAUGCUCGCAAGAUCCAUGGUGAGAGGAAUGUCUUUGAUGGCAUCUUCAGCAACCCCAUCUUCUGCACUAUUGUCCUGGGCACCUUUGGAAUUCAGAUUGUCAUCGUCCAGUUUGGUGGGAAGCCAUUCAGCUGUUCCCCGUUGUCCACAGAACAGUGGCUCUGGUGCCUAUUUGUUGGUGUUGGGGAGCUGGUCUGGGGACAGGUCAUUGCCACCAUCCCCACCAGCCAGCUCAAGUGCCUGAAGGAAGCAGGGCAUGGGCCUGGGAAAGACGAGAUGACUGAUGAGGAGCUGGCCGAAGGGGAGGAGGAAAUCGACCAUGCUGAGCGAGAGCUCCGCAGGGGCCAGAUCCUCUGGUUCCGGGGCCUCAACCGGAUCCAGACACAGAUGGAGGUAGUGAGUACCUUCAAGAGAAGCGGGUCAUUUCAGGGUGCUGUGCGCCGGCGGUCUUCGGUCCUCAGCCAGCUCCAUGACAUCCGGGUGGUGAAAGCAUUCCGUAGCUCGCUUUAUGAAGGCCUUGAGAAACCAGAAUCCAAGAGCUGCAUCCAUAACUUCAUGGCAACGCCCGAGUUUCUGAUCAAUGACUACACCCACAACAUCCCACUCAUCGAUGACACGGAUGUGGAUGAGAAUGAAGAGCGACUGAGGGCCCCGCCUCCCUCACCCCCUAACCAGAACAACAAUGCCAUAGACAGCGGCAUCUACCUGACCACGCAUGCCACCAAGUCAGCUACCUCUUCAGCAUUCUCUUCUAGGCCCGGGAGCCCACUCCACAGCAUGGAGACAUCCCUCUAACCAGAACUUCUUUCAGCACACACAUACACAUACAUGUGCACACGCACAUACACAUACACACACAUACACGUAAUGACACAUGCACAGAUAUGUGCAUGUACACACAGAGAGGGAAACUGUGCACCUGCCAAAGAGGAAAAAUCUGCUAAAGAGAUUAAAGACUUUUCUUAUGUGGUAUUUGCAAGAAGCAAAUUGCAUUUAAUAAUGGCACAGACCACUAGGCUUCUCACCAGGCACUCAGGAGGUGGAGGAAGGAGGAAGAAGGAAAAGGAAGGAGAGGAAGUUCUUCACCCAAUGUGAAGAAAAAAAAGGGAGCAUGAAACAGGAUGUGCUUUCCACCUUUUUUUUUCCUAGUGAUGCUUCUUGUUUAACAAAUACUAGUUCCACCAUGUGUUCACUAUUUGAGGUGUGCAGCGUGGUAGGAGCUAGCUGAGCCUAGAGGCCACUGGAGGGAGCCACCUGCAAAGGUACCUUCUACUGCAAAGUACACUAAACCCAUCUGCAGACCGCAUGUGUGUACGUGUGUCUAUAUGUAUGUGUGUUUAUAUGCAUAUACAUACAUAUGGCAAAAUGCAUAUUUCAAGAAUAAGGAAUUAUUUAUCGGCAUGAUAUUUCCAUUCCUCUCACAAGGCAUUUUUCCUUUCAAAGUUUCAUUUUUUAAUGUAGCAAGGUUCUUUCCAGGGAACAAGGUUGCAAGAACAUCCUCUUGGUACCGUACUUCCCUCCCCAAGCCCCUGACCAGAGAAUCUCCAUGCCUGACCCUGCUGAGAUUCCAGAGGAGGCAGUCUGGGGAGUUGUGCAAGGCCUGGAAGCCCUUUACAACCUCUACCUGUAGAGGAAAAAGACUUUUCAAUAGCAUUUUUAUUUAAAAGGAAAAUACCAAAGUAUUGAUGACAGUGGUCUCCUCUAAUGUGAAGCAAAGCAAGUUUUGGUUUUGGCUUCCUUCCACUUCAUUUCCAACACCUUCAUUUUGCCUGGUGGCUUUCUUUUUCCAGCUUUGAAAGCAUGACGAACUCUAGGAACAGCUGCAAUAGAGCAGAGACAGAUGCCAGGCCUAACUUCUACAGAGACCACCUGAGGAAGAGGGGUCAUCAGAACCAAAACCCCAACUGCAAGGACAGUCCAGGUUCAUCUCUGUCAUUCCUCUAGAUUUGCACUUUGUGUUUUGGCAAAUAACAGAGAGUACUUACUAGACCACCUCUGUGUCUGACAGGGCAUGGGCGUGACACCCACCAAAGCAUGCUUCCAACCCAGAUCUUCUUGCCUACAGGGCAAAUACAACCCAGAAGGCAACACUAUGGAAGCAACCUCUUGGGAAAAUGGCCUUCAUCACUGUUGCCAUUGCUCUGUUCUUGCUGGUGGCUCUUCUGGGCCUGUGGGGACUGAGCACAGGAUCCGCAGGGCUUGGGUCCACCUAGACAGGUGAGGCUAGGAAAACUAGGUCUAGGCACCAGGAGCCUAUUCUAGCAGUGUGGGCACCCACUGUGCCAAGCCUGAGUGAUAACCUGAGGGAAGAAAGCAGAGAGAGGUCUAAUGUCUGCUGCCCUGUAGGGAAACCCAAGUUAAUGAGUAUCUUCCUACUGGAAAGCUGACCCUCCCCUGUGCUCCUAGGUCCUGAAUCUGGACAACCACAAUGACACAAGUGAAAGGGACAGCAUCCUGCCCUUGAGGUUCCUUCACCUUCUGAACUUAUGGGUGUCACACUUUACAGGAAGAUGUCUAGAAUAUUAACUCCAUCCAACGAGAGUGCCUGUCACCUGGGCCUGAGGUUUUAUGCCAGGAGACAGAUGUGAGCUAAGGAUGGAGGGAGCUGCAUUUGCCCCCACUCUCAUUCCACACCACUCCCACAGAAAGCUUGUCUCAUCUCCCUGGCAUCUGCACAAAAUCAAGUGGAGAUGUGCUUUGUCCUCACUGGUCACACCAAUGCCAUGUCACCCCUGAGCAGGAGUAGUCAUAUCUCGGGCAAAAGAAUUAUGGUUACAAGAGAAACUCCACUUUAAAAUGCCAGCUACAGAUCAUUUAAAGCCAUCCUUUUUUCUAAAGGGCAUAUUGAGAAUGUUUCCCAUUUGUAAAUUGUUCCCUGAUGUCCUUGUUUAAAACACCACAACAAAAGGGCAACUUGGCUUGCUGAGGGUCUUUGUGUUAUUCAACAAGAAAUCAAAAUGUGGAGUAUUGCAGCUGAAGUAGGUCAGCUGUGUCCAGCUAAGUUCAUGGGCUUCUUGUCAUCUUCUGUUGUAGACACACAGAUAGAGCAAAUGGCCACUAUAUAUUAAAGAGCCAACCCUCAAUGCUGCUGUGUAAAGUUGCCUGAUGUCAGUGUCGACUGUGUGAUACCCAGGUUGCCUUUGUACUGAACUGUGGGGUUCAGAAAAGGCCAUGGGAACCUGCACCAUCUGUUCUGGUUCUUGUACAGUCUUCAGGCCAAGAGACCUGUCUCAUCGGAAGCUUCUCUUUAUAAAGCAUCUUGCUAUUCGGAAUGGCUUGGUCAACUGUGUUCAGUUCAUAAAUAUGUUUUACAUUUUUAUCUGCCUGUUAUAAAGAUGAACAAAAUAUCUUAAUGAGAAAGACCACAGAUGUAUAAUAAAUUAAAGUCUGUAGUUGAAUUUCUUAAUUUAAAGAAUAAACCAAAAUUUCUGUGUAUUAAAAAAUGAAAAAAAAAAAGGCUCCUACAAUCUU